AGCAACAGGAGCUGCUCGUGGGACUGCCUUUGCCACUGCCCAGAGUCAGUGCUCAGGCUCAGAAGUCCUGGAUAGAAAGAGCGUUUUAUAAAAGAGAAUGUGUUCACAUCAUACCCAGCACCAAAGACCCCCAUAGGUGUUGCUGUGGGCGUCUAAUAGGCCAGCAUGUUGGCCUCACUCCCAGUAUCUCGGUUCUUCAGAAUGAUAAAAAUGAAAGUCGCCUCUCCCGAAAUGACAUCCAGUCCGAGAAGUGGUCCAUCAGCAAGCACACUCAACUCAGCCCCACCGAUGCCUUUGGGACCAUUGAGUUCCAAGGAGGCGGCCAUUCCAACAAAGCCAUGUAUGUACGAGUAUCUUUCGAUACAAAGCCUGAUCUCCUCCUACACCUGAUGACCAAGGAAUGGCAGUUGGAACUUCCUAAGCUGCUCAUCUCAGUCCAUGGGGGCCUGCAGAAUUUUGAACUCCAGCCGAAACUCAAGCAAGUCUUUGGGAAAGGUCUCAUCAAAGCAGCCAUGACAACUGGAGCAUGGAUAUUUACUGGAGGGGUUAACACAGGUGUUAUUCGUCACGUUGGAGAUGCUUUGAAGGACCAUGCAUCUAAGUCUCGAGGCAAGAUAUGUACCAUAGGUAUUGCCCCUUGGGGAAUUGUGGAAAACCAGGAGGACCUAAUUGGAAGAGAUGUUGUCCGGCCAUAUCAGACCAUGUCCAAUCCUAUGAGCAAGCUCACUGUUCUCAACAGCAUGCAUUCCCACUUCAUUCUGGCUGACAAUGGGACCACUGGAAAAUAUGGAGCAGAGGUGAAACUCAGGAGACAGCUGGAAAAGCAUAUUUCACUCCAGAAGAUAAAUACAAGAUGCCUGCCGUUUUUCUCUCUUGACUCCCGCUUGUUUUAUUCAUUUUGGGGUAGUUGCCAAUUAGACCCAAUUGGAAUCGGUCAAGGCGUUCCAGUGGUGGCUCUCAUUGUGGAAGGAGGACCCAACGUGAUCUCUAUUGUCUUGGAGUACCUUCGAGACACCCCUCCCGUGCCGGUUGUUGUCUGUGACGGGAGUGGACGGGCAUCCGACAUCCUGGCUUUUGGGCACAAAUAUUCAGAAGAAGGAGGACUUAUAAAUGAAUCUUUGAGGGACCAGCUGUUGGUGACCAUCCAGAAGACUUUCACAUACACUCGAACCCAAGCCCAGCACCUAUUCAUCAUCCUUAUGGAAUGCAUGAAGAAGAAGGAGUUGAUUACAGUAUUUCGGAUGGGAUCAGAAGGACACCAGGACAUUGAUUUAGCCAUCCUGACAGCUUUGCUCAAAGGAGCCAAUGCCUCAGCCCCAGACCAGCUGAGCUUAGCUUUAGCCUGGAACAGAGUUGACAUCGCUCGCAGCCAGAUCUUUAUUUAUGGGCAACAGUGGCCGGUGGGGUCUCUGGAGCAAGCCAUGUUGGAUGCCCUAGUUCUGGACAGAGUGGAUUUUGUGAAAUUACUCAUAGAGAAUGGAGUAAGCAUGCACCGUUUUCUCACCAUCUCCAGACUAGAGGAAUUGUACAAUACGAGACAUGGGCCCUCAAACACAUUGUACCACUUGGUCAGGGAUGUCAAAAAGCGAGAAUAUCCAGGUUUCGGUUGGAUCUAUUUUAAGGGGAACCUGCCCCCAGACUACAGAAUCAGCCUGAUUGACAUCGGCCUGGUGAUUGAGUACCUGAUGGGAGGGGCUUAUCGCUGCAACUACACACGCAAGCGCUUCCGGACACUCUACCACAAUCUCUUUGGCCCCAAAAGGCCCAAAGCCUUGAAACUGCUGGGAAUGGAGGAUGAUGUUCCCUUGAGGCGAGGAAGAAAGACAACCAAAAAGCGUGAAGAAGAGGUGGACAUUGACCUGGAUGACCCUGAGAUCAACCACUUCCCUUUCCCUUUCCACGAGCUGAUGGUGUGGGCCGUCCUGAUGAAACGGCAGAAGAUGGCCCUGUUCUUCUGGCAGCACGGGGAGGAGGCCAUGGCCAAGGCCCUGGUGGCCUGUAAGCUCUGCAAAGCCAUGGCUCACGAGGCUUCCGAGAACGACAUGGUCGAUGACAUCUCCCAAGAGCUGAACCACAACUCCAGGGACUUUGGCCAGCUGGCUGUGGAGCUCCUGGACCAGUCCUACAAGCAGGAUGAGCAGCUGGCCAUGAAACUGCUGACAUAUGAGCUCAAGAACUGGAGCAAUGCCACAUGCCUGCAGCUUGCGGUGGCUGCCAAGCACCGUGACUUCAUCGCACACACGUGCAGCCAGAUGUUGCUCACAGACAUGUGGAUGGGUCGGCUCCGGAUGCGCAAGAACUCAGGCCUCAAGGUAAUUCUGGGAAUUCUACUUCCUCCUUCAAUUCUCAGCUUGGAGUUCAAGAACAAAGACGACAUGCCCUAUAUGACUCAGGCCCAGGAAAUCCACCUCCAAGAGAAGGAGCAGGAAGAACCAGAGAAGCCCACAAAGGAAAAAGAUGAAGAGGAUAUGGAACUGACAGCAAUGUUGGGACGAAACAAUGGGGAGUCCUCCAGGAAGAAGGAUGAAGAGGAAGUUCAAAGCAGACACCGUUUAAUCCCCCUGGGAAGAAAAAUCUACGAAUUCUACAAUGCACCCAUUGUGAAAUUCUGGUUCUACACCCUGGCGUACAUCGGAUACUUGAUGCUCUUCAACUAUAUCGUGUUAGUGAAGAUGGAGCGCUGGCCUUCCACCCAGGAAUGGAUCGUCAUUUCCUAUAUUUUCACCCUGGGAAUAGAAAAGAUGAGAGAGAUCCUGAUGUCAGAGCCAGGGAAGUUGCUACAAAAAGUGAAGGUGUGGCUCCAAGAGUACUGGAAUGUCACAGAUCUCAUAGCCAUCCUUCUGUUCUCUGUUGGAAUGAUCCUUCGUCUCCAAGACCAGCCCUUCAGGAGCGACGGGAGGGUCAUCUAUUGUGUGAACAUCAUUUAUUGGUACAUCCGUCUGUUAGACAUCUUCGGCGUGAACAAGUAUUUGGGCCCAUAUGUAAUGAUGAUUGGAAAAAUGAUGAUAGACAUGAUGUACUUUGUCAUCAUCAUGCUGGUGGUGCUGAUGAGUUUUGGGGUCGCCAGGCAAGCCAUUCUCUUUCCCAAUGAGGAGCCAUCGUGGAAAUUGGCCAAGAACAUCUUCUACAUGCCCUAUUGGAUGAUUUAUGGGGAAGUGUUUGCGGACCAGAUAGACCCUCCCUGUGGACAGAAUGAGACUCGAGAGGAUGGUAAGAUAAUCCAACUGCCUCCCUGCAAGACAGGUGCCUGGAUCGUGCCAGCCAUCAUGGCCUGCUACCUUCUCGUGGCAAACAUCCUGCUGGUCAACCUCCUCAUCGCUGUCUUUAACAAUACAUUCUUUGAGGUAAAAUCAAUAUCCAACCAAGUGUGGAAGUUUCAGAGGUAUCAGCUCAUCAUGACUUUCCAUGAAAGGCCUGUUCUGCCCCCACCUCUGAUCAUAUUCAGCCACAUGACCAUGAUAUUCCAGCACCUGUGCUGUCGAUGGAGGAAACACGAGAGUGACCCAGAUGAAAGGGACUAUGGCCUAAAGCUCUUCAUAACUGAUGAUGAGCUCAAGAAAGUGCAUGACUUUGAAGAGCAGUGCAUAGAGGAAUAUUUCAGAGAAAAGGAUGAUCGAUUCAACUCAUCCAAUGAUGAGAGGAUACGGGUGACUUCAGAAAGGGUGGAGAACAUGUCCAUGCGGCUAGAAGAAGUCAACGAGAGGGAGCACUGCAUGAAGGCUUCACUCCAGACUGUGGACAUCCGGCUAGCACAGCUUGAGGACCUCAUCGGGCGCAUGGCCACAGCCCUGGAGCGCCUGACGGGUCUGGAGCGGGCCGAGUCCAACAAAAUCCGCUCUCGGACCUCCUCAGACUGCACGGACGCAGCCUACAUCGUCCGGCAGAGCAGCUUCAACAGCCAGGAGGGGAACACCUUCAAGCUCCAAGAGAGUAUAGACCCUGCAGGUGAGGAGACCUUGUCCCCAACUUCUCCAACCCUAAUGCCCCGAAUGCGAAGCCAUUCUUUCUAUUCAGUCAAUAUGAAAGACAAAGGUGGGAUAGAAAAGUUGGAGAGUCUUUUUAAAGAAAGGUCCCUGAGCCUACACCGGGCUACUAGUUCCCACUCUGUAGCAAAAGAAUCCAAAGCUCCUGCAGCCCCUGCCAACACCUUGGCCAUUGUUCCUGAUUCCAGAAGACCAUCUUCGUGUAUAGAUAUCUAUGUCUCUGCCAUGGAUGAGCUCCACUGUGAUAUAGACCCUCUGGACAAUUCCAUGAACAUCCUUGGGCUGGGGGAGCCAAGCUUUUCAGCUCCAGUACCUUCCACAGCUCCUUCAAGUAGUGCCUAUGCAACUCUUGUGCCCACAGACAGACCUCCAAGCCGGAGCAUUGAUUGCGAGGACAUCACCACCAUGGACACUAGAUCUUUUUCUUCAGACUACACCCACCUCCCAGAAUGCCAGAACCCCUGGGACACUGACCCUCCAAUGUACCACACCAUCGAGCGUUCCAAAAGUAGCCGCUACCUAGCCACCACACCCUUUCUUCUAGAAGAGGCCCCCAUCGUGAAGUCUCAUAGCUUUAUGUUUUCUCCUUCGAGGAGCUAUUAUACCAACUUUGGGGUGCCCAUGAAAACAGCAGAAUACACAAGUAUUACAGACUGUAUUGACACAAGGUGUGUCACUGCCCCUCAAGUGACAGCUGACAGAGCCACCUUCCCUGGGGGUCUUGGAGGGAAAGUGGAGGACUCAUCAUGCUGCCAUCCUGAGCGAGAAGCAGAACUGAGUCACCCCAGCUCUGACAGUGAGGAGAAUGAGGCCAAGGGCCGGAGAGCCACCAUUGCAAUACCCUCCCAGGAGGGUGAUAAUUCAGACAGAACCCUGUCCAACAAUAUCACAGUUCCCAAGAUAGAGCGCGCCAACAGCUACUCAGCAGAGGAGCCAAGUGCGCCAUAUGCACACACCAGGAAGAGCUUCUCCAUCAGUGACAAACUCGACAGGCAGCGGAACACAGCAAGCCUGAGAAAUCCCUUCCAGAGGAGUAGGUCCUCCAAGCCAGAGGGCCGAGGGGACAGUCUGUCCAUGAGGAGACUCUACAGAACGUCCGCUUUCCGAAGCUUUGAGAGCAAGCACAACUAAACCUUCUGAUAAGCUUGGCAGGAGGCUCAAGAAUCCAGCCCUAAAAUUCUCCCCCAAAUUCACCUGUUCCCUUUCCUUGAAACUUACCCGCUUUAUUCUUAGCUGAGCAAAACAAGUAAUGCCUUGGGAAGUGUUAAAGGUGACUUCUGGGGCACAGAUCAAGAAAACAUGUAAUCUGGCGCAAUGCCAAACACUGGGGAUUUCAGUCAUGUUCACACUCAAUGGGGCAGGGAGGGGAAAGAGGGAAAAGAAGGGUUGAGAGGAAUGUGUGUCACUAGUCACUUCAGAAAGCCAUGAGCUCUGGGAAUGAAUGGGGCAUCAAGUACUCUCCGUGCCAGGAGGCAUCUUUCCAUUUCUAACCAUUAUCAAGAGUUUUAGGAUGCAGGGAUAAAUUGCAAAAUAAAAUAAAGUAGCCAGCAUACAAAUGA